GUAAGACUUUCUGAUCUGGCAACCUCUUCAUGCUCCAGCUCUACCACCAAUGUAAACAUUACAAGCAGAGAGCGGCCAACGGUGAGAGCUUGAGUCGUUUGGGUCGUCACCUGCUUCUCCAUUACCAAAACGAUGACAACAACCUGACCAAUGGACCACUGCACGUUUGGCGCAAGAUCAUGAAUGACAAACUAGUCUUCUUGGGGCUGCUGUACUUCGUUCAGGGCAUCCCCUACGGCCUUCAGUCUUCCCUACUUCCCGUGUACCUGCGUGGAGCUGGGCAUUCACUGACACGCAUUGGCUUCACCAAGAUCCUGUACUUCCCAUGGGUUCUCAAGGUGCUUUGGGCCCCAUUGGUGGACAGGAUUGGGACAAAGCGGCGUUGGCUGGUGGCAACAGUAUCUGGACUGGCGCUGACAUGUCUCACAAGUUCUGCACUGGCUCCAGAGAUGCACAUCUGGGCAGUGGCAGGAACCCUGCUAGCCAUGAAUACCCUUGCCUCUGUUCAAGAUAUUGCAGUGGAUGGCGCUGCAGUGGGACUGUUGAAAGGGCGCGGGGAACUCGGACUGGGUAACACAGCCCAGGUUGUGGGCUAUAAAGCCGGAUCAGUGUUUGCUGGUGGCGGACUGCUUGCUGUGAUUGACGUGGCCGGGUGGAGCUGGAUGUUUAUGCUGCUAACGUUCGUGUAUGCAGGCGUGGCUCUUUUUGUGUGGGGGGCUCCUGUGUUGGAUGAAGAACCUGUGAGGGGCCAGUCGGCAGAUGGGAGCAGAAGAGGAGGGCAGACUGGCGAUGCUUUGAUGCCAUGGAGAGUGUGGAGGAAGCUGUUGGCUGUCCCAGGUACCGCUUGGACAGUCCUCUAUGUGCUGACAUACAAAUUAGGCGAGCAAGGUGCUGUCACCAUGUUUCCCUUGUUUCUGUUGGAUCACCACAUGACUGCCAGAGAGCUCGGCUUCUGGAACGGCAUCAUCGCCAUGGGCUUCUCCAUCUGUGGCUCCUCACUGGGAGGGUUAUUGCUCGCACAGUUCAGUAUCGGCGCUCUCAUGCGACGUGUUUUUGUGUUGCGGACCAUUAGUAUGGUCUUCCAGAGCUCCUUACUCACUGUGCUGGAACCGUCGUCACUCAUGACAGGUAUGGCCGUCUUGAGUAUGAGCGUUCAACACUUCCUGGGUGGUCUGAUCACCACGCUCACCUUUACGACCAUGAUGCAUUGCACUCAGAGGGCAGAGGAGAGCAUUCAGGCAACUCACUACAGUUUCCUGGCAACUCUGGAAGUGUUGGGAAAGCUGAUGUUCAGCGCUUUGGCCGGAGGUGUGGUAGAUUGGUUCGGCUUCCAAGUGGCCUUCCUCUUCUUCCUUACCCUCUCCGCUGGAACAGCCCUGCACGUGUGGACGGCUACUUUUACUGGUGCUCUCAGGGAACACCAACUCAAAGAGCAGCCCAAAUGAAUAUCAAGACCCAGGCUGUAAUAUUCUAGGCUAUGAGCCCAUACAUACACAGGUAUUUUUAAAGCUGUUAAUGACCUCCACUCCAUUCUCAGAAAAAAUUACACGUCCACACAAUACCCAUAUUUUCACUGGAAAGUGCUACAUUAAGGUUAACUGUAAGUAAAAUUAGCGCCAUGUAAGUGACGUAAAUAAGCUACUUAGCUAUAUACCUGUGUUUGUGUGUACAUUUAAAGCAGAGAAAGUCUUAAUAUAACUUCUAAACAACCAUGAAUAAUAAACUAAAGCUUUAUGUGUUUGCAUUUAGGAAACGAUAUCACAAGUCCAUAUUUUAGGAGUUAUUAGGUGUGUUAGAAAGCACUAUGAAAUUAUAAUUUUAAGAAUUUGAAUUCCUCUGCAAACUUGAUAUAUUUUCUUUGCGCUGAAAGUCCAAGUCUUAAGUAUUCAAAUUUACUGUUUACUUACUAAGAGAUACAGACAAAAGCAAUAUCACAAGCCCUACCUAAGAUGCAUUUUGCAGAUGCAUGAGAAUUUUAUGGUUUACACUUUUAACCAAGACAUGAUUACUACCUCGUAUCAACAGUGAAGGGUAGGACUUACAAAAUGUGAACUCUAAAGCGGUUCUCAAAAUCAAAUUUUAAAAUAACAGACAAGCAAAAUUCACCUACAAAGCAGUAACAAUCCAUCAGUUUUGCAAAAGUUGUCUGGAUAGUUAAAAAGGAGAAAAGUGUUUAGAACAGGAAGUUGUGAUAUCAAAAUAUCAAUUAGCUGUUGUGCUAUAUACUAUACUGUAUGUUCUAUGUGUUCUAGCUGUAGCAAAGCUCAGCCUUAAAUGCUGCCUGGUGCCACCUGUCUCAGUUUUUGGACUGAAAGAUGAAAACGUUAAAGUACACUGCAAUAAGCCUGUUCUUUGAAACUUGAAAGUCAGUUGCCACUUAAGAGUUUUUGUGUUAUAUUUUAAAGAAAUCUAAGUACACUGUAAAUAAUAUACUGUAUGCUAUAGCACAUACUAUACUGUAACUCUCCAUGGUACUGUAAACAAGCAAUUCUGGUCAGGCUUAAAGGUCCCAUGUCUCCACAAUCCAAUUAUCUAUUCAAAUUAGAAAAAACUCUUUAUUCCUAAAAUUCCUUAGUACCUGCCCUCUUUUUGGCCACCCACUGAACUCGGCUGAGAGGCCAUGAUCAAGAAUCAGCAAACAUGAUAGAUGGUAUUUAAAAAACAUAGAUGGGGCAUGGGACCUUUAAAACAAUAGACUGAAAUUUUUUACUAAGUAGAUUGUAAAACAAAUGCCAUUGAAUGUAUUAUAGAAAUGAUAGUCUUAGUUUAAGACAAGCUUCAAUAAAAUGACCACAUGGUCACAUGCUUCUGAAAUUAAACUACAUGUCUACAAAUGACUGUUAGGCCCACACUGAAAAGAAAUGUUAUGUAUUAGAAACUGUCAAAACUACAAGAAAAAAGAUUACACAGUUCUUUUUUUUACAUAAACAUAAUCCAAAUUACUGAGCAGUGCAGUGGUACCUCAACAUACAAUCCUUUCGACAUCCGACGUAAAAUUUGAUAUGUCAUUUGUCUUGACCUACUCGAAAUACAAUUUAUGACAGCGUCGCAAUUUUAUUGUUUUUCCGUAAGAUGGACGAACGUUGGAUUUUCUUGUGAGAGAAAUCAACAUGGGUCCCAAGAAUGUUAGUGCAGGUGGUGAACCCAAGAAAAAAGUGACGCUUACCAUUGAAAUUAAGAAAGAAAUUAUUCUUUCCGUCCGCCAGUAGCUUAAGGUGAAAAUAUAAAGGCUUUAGUCAUUUAUUUUUUUCAUAAUUUGUUUUCAUGUGUCUUAUUGAAUACAUUUGUCAAAUUAGACAUAACACAGCUCACCGUAUCCGCAUGCACCCGCCGUCUCAUCCCACUUUCUGUACAGUCAUCUGAAAAAAUUCGGACACCCCAUGAAAUAUUUGAUUCUUUAUUAAGAAAUAUUAAAAUGAAUGUCUGAUCUUGUUUUUCCUUUAUCUCUGGAAAAGAAAGUGGUUUAAUUGCAGGUAAACAACAAAAAUUUAACACUGUUUUACUCAUUAAACCAAAUAUAUCAACAAAAAUGCAUAUUCUAACUGAGGAAAACGUUAGGACACCCUCCCACCUAAUAGCUAGUGGUACCCCCUUUGGCUGAAAUAACUUCAGUGAGACGCUUUUUGUAGCCAUCUACCAGUCUUUGACAUUGGUCUGAAGAAAGUUUGCCACACUCCUCAACGCAGAAUACUUUCAGCUGUGAGAUGUUUGAGGGUUUCUUGCAUGUACAGCCCGUUUCAAGUCACCCCACAGCCCCCCAAUGGGAUUAAGAUCUGGGCUUUGACUCGGCCAUUCCAGGACUCUCCACUUCUUCCUUUUCUGACAGUCCUUGGUGUAUUUACUGGUAUGUUUUGGGUUAUUGUCAUGUUGCAAGGUCCAGUUUCGCUUCAGCUUUAAUUUUUAACAGAUGAUCUCACAUGUUCCUCAAGCACCCUCUGAUACACGAUAGAAUCCAUGGUGGAUUCUAUGAUGGUGAGCUGGCCAGGUCCUGCUGAAGCAAAGCAUCCUCAAACCAUGACAAUUCGACCUCCAUGCUUCACAGUUGGUAUGAGGAUCUUUUCCUGGAAUGCUGUAUUGGGUUUACGCCAAACAUGUCCUUUGUUCUGGUGUCCAAAUAAUGAUAUUUUAGAUUCAUCUGUCCAAAGAACAUCAUUCCAGAAGUCCUGGUCUUUGUCUACGUUCACUCUGGCAAACUUCAGUCUGGCCUUCAUGUUCGUCUUAGAGAGCUAAGAUUUCCUUCUUGCACACCUCCUAUGAAGGUUAAACUUGUGAAGUCUUUUUCUGAUUGUAGAGGCAUGCACUUUCACAUCAACAGUAGCAAGAGCCUGCUGUAGGUCCCGUGAUGACAUUUUAGGGUUUUUUGAGACUUCUUUUAGCAUCUUGCGUUUUGCUCUCGGUGUGAACUUGCAUGAACGGCCAGACGUGGGCAUGUUGGCAGUUGUUUUGAAUGUCCUUCACUUGUAGACUAUUUUCUGGACAGUGGAAUGGCUGAAUAGUGAGAUAGUGUAAAGCGCUUUGAGCGCCUUGAAAGGUGGAAAAGCGCUAUAUAAGUAUAACACCAUUUACCAUUUAGAGAUCUUGUGAAAUCCCUUACCAGACUCUUAAGCAUCUACAAUCUUUCUUUAUAAAGGCCUCAGACAGCUCCUUUGAUCUCACCAUGGUGUUUUCUCUCGCUUCAACAGUCAGGGGCACACCAAACUAAAUGUGAGGUUUAAAAAAAGCAAGCCUCCUUCAAAUCCCCAUGACUAAAUUUUUUCACAUGACUGUAAGUUAAGGUGAAAAUAAAAAAUUCCAUUUAUUAUUAUUCCGAUAUGUACUGUAUUUCUUUUUUUUUUUUUUUUUUUUUUUGCUAUCUGUCACUGCUGUUCAUAAUUGUACCUGCAGUAUUUAUGAAGGAUUUAACGUAGGUUUUUGGGCUGUGGAAUGAAUACAUCGAAUUUUAGUGUAUUUUUAUGGAAAAUCCCGCUCGACAUACGACCAUUUCUACUUACAAACCAGGUCCUGCAACGAAUUAAAUUUGUAUGUAGAGGUACCACUGUAUUUUAUUUGGUUACACAAACAAAAUAUUACAUGUUUUGACUUAUCAACUCAAUGAGCAGUUUAAUGUUUAAAGAUUUAGAUUUUCAAACAUUUUGUCAUGUGUGAUCCAUUUUGAUCCUGCAUAUCAUAGUGUGGAUAAGCGGUCCAGAAGAUGGAUGGAUAAAUAUAGUAAACAACAGAUGCCUGGAAAAAGACAGUUGCUGGAAAUUUGAUUUUACCUGAUCCUUGACAAUUUAGUCUUUUCAUUGCAUCUCUAAUACCUCCUUCAUAGAUGUCACACUAGAUACACUAAUUACUGGUGUAGUUCCGUUGCCAUCCUCAGACUAUACCACCUGUUGCAAAGCACAUCUCUUAUCUCAGCUACUGUGAGAUUUGCACUAAAAAUAAAGCUGAUGGAUGAAUUGCGA